AUGAAAGGAGCUGGAAAUGGUGUCCAAGCAGAAAUUAAGGCCGUGGUGCCUCAAGCCCUGUACUUUCACUGCGCCAGUCAUUGCCUCAGCCUCGCGCUCGUCCAUUCCGCCGAAAUUGUCCCUAUCAAACUGGCCGCUGGUGUCGUCAAGAGCGUUUGUAACUUCUUCUGUAAGUCUACGAAGCGACACCAAUGCCUGAUGGAUAAGAUAGAUGCCCACGCACCCACGUCGUCCAAAACACGGCUCAAAGCUCUGUGCCCCACUCGUUGGGUCGAAUCGCACCACGCCUUCAUUACUUUCAGAGAGCUUCUAGUCCCCCUCUUCCACUGUUUGGUUGAGCUCGGACAAGUCACGGGAGAAACUGGCGUGCGAGCAUACGAACUAGAGAGCUCCGUCUGCAAAUGCGACUUCGUGUUCGCUCUACUCACCAUUGAGAGCUUCUCGUGCAUUUUUCUCCCGUUGUCUAUGCAAUUACAGAAAAAAAGCCUCGAUAUUUUUGCCGCUCUCAGGAUGGUCGACAACAUCUUAUCCAUUCUUGAGCUUAAGCGUCAAAAUGUUGAGACCGAGUUCAAGAUAAUCUACGAUGAAGUCACAGAGAUCUGCGCUCUGCUGGAUGUCGAGAUCAAAAUGCCUCGCAUUAGCGGUAGACAAAUGCACAGGGAAAUCAUCAGGCGGAGACACCCGAAGCUUAUUCCGGGUGACUAUUAUACCGUCAGUAGCACUUUCGCCGAUCUCAUUGAAACGCUGGACUUCUAUCAGACCGACUUAGACUGCAGUGCCAGCGUUCUCAGAGGGGAGUUUGAAUGCUGGAAGGCGAAGUGGGGCAGGAAGGCUGGGAACGAGCUUCCAGAAACCGCAAUCGAAGCACUCAGCUUUUGUCCAAGGAACGAAUAUCCGAAGAUCGCGACCCUCCUCCAGAUAUUUGCCACAUUCCCCGUGACGACAUCAACACCCGAGAGAACCUUCAGCUCCCUGAAGCUGCUCAAAAACUUAUCUUCGAUCUACGAUGGGGCAUGA